AUGUCCACUGUGAUUUUAAGGACCAGCCCUUUUGCACCUACCAUGCCUUCUCCACCUACAAGAUCUUCAAAGCCCAGCAUGUCUCCAGCAUCAACUGAACCCUCAAUGUCCAAAGUACCUUCCAAGCCUCCUGCCUCCUUGAAGCCCACCAAAUCGGCAAUGCCCAAUAGCUCCUCGGUGUCCACUAAGCCAUCAACAGCCCCCAACUCGGUCACAAGCCCAAGCAGUUCCAAGUCUACCAAGUGGGCAAGUACAAAGACAGCCCCUUCUAAACAGCCCGGCAGCAAGCCCCGAGUCCACAGCAGGGCAAGAACGCCCAGCAAGGCCAGCACUGACACCAGGGGCAGCAAAGUCAGCAAGGCCAGUGGGGUAAGACGCCACCAAAGGAGGGGCACUCACAGCAGGGGCCGAACUCCUGGAAGAAGGGGAGGCCACAGCUCCAAGAGGUCACCCAGCAGGGCCAGUACUAUGAGCAGGAUGAGAACUCAUGGUGCCACACCAGGUGUGCCGAACAGGGUGAGAACUCCUACUUCCCAGAAAAAACAGAGUGGGGGCAAGAGUUCCAGCCGGCCUAGAAACAACAACUGGGAAAAAAGUAAGAGCCAGCCUAAAAAUAUGAGCAGAGAGAAGAGUUACAGCCCACCAGGAGUCUCAGGCAUGGGGAAGAGUUCUGGGCUGGCUAUAACCCCAAGUAGGGCAAAGAGUUAUAGCCCCACUAGAACUCCCUUCAAGGAGAAAGGUUACAGCCAGUCUCCAUCAUCAUCAAGGAGGGUGAGAAGUUAUAGUGAGAUGAUCACCCCUAGUAGGGAAUGGGGUUACAGCCCAACUGAAGUAUCCAGCAGGGUCAAGAGUUACAACCAGGAUAGUGUACUCAGCAGGACCCGGAGUCAUAGCCACCGGUCUAGAAUGCCCAGAAGAGCAAGAAGUCGAAGUCAGAAGAGAGCCUACAGUAGGAUGAGAAGUCACAGUUCAAAGAGAAAUCACAGUAGGGCAAGAAGUCGUACCCGGAAAGGAACUCCCAGUCAGAUGAGAAGACAGAGCCAAUCCAGAACCCACAGCAACGGAACAUAUUAUAACCAAUCUGGAACCCCCAGAAGGGAAAGAAGUCACAGCCAGUCUAGAAGCCCCAGCAAGAAGCGAGGUCACAGACAAUGUAGAAACCCCAGCAAGGAGAGAGAUCACAGACGAUCUAGAACACCCAGCAAGGAGAGAGGUCACAGACAAUGUAGAAGCCCCAGCAAGGAGAGAGAUCACAGACGACGAUCUAGAACACCCAGCAAGGAGAGAGGUCACAGACAAUGUAGAAGCCCCAGCAAGGAGAGAGAUCACAGACGAUCUAGAACACCCAGCAAGGAGAGAGGUCACAGACAAUGUAGAAGCCCCAGCAAGGAGAGAGACCUCAGGCGAUCUAGAACACCCAGCAAGGAGAGAGGUCACAGACAACGUAGAAGCCCCAGCAAGGAGAGAGAUCACAGACAAUCUAUAACACCCAGCAAGGAGAGAGGUCGAGGACAAUCUAGAAGCCCCAGCAAGGAGAGAGAUCAUGGACGAUCUAGAACACCCAGCAAGGAGAGAGGUCAAGGACAAUGUAGAAGUCCCAGCAAGGAGAGAGACCUCAGGCGAUCUAGAACACCCAGCAAGGAGAGAGACCACAGGCGAUCUAGAAGCCCCAGUAAGGACAGAGACCACAGGCGAUCUGGAACGCCCAGCAAGGAGAGAGACCACAGGCGAUCUAGAAUGCCCAGCAAGGAAAGAGACCACAGGCGAUCUAGAAGCCCCAGUAAGGAGAGAGAUCAGAGACGAUCUAGAAGCCCUAGCAAGGAGAGAGGUGGCAGACGAUCUAGAACCCCCAGCAUGGAGAGAGGUCAUAGCCUAUCUCAAACUUCCAGCGAGGAGAGAGAGCACAGCCAAUCUCAAACCCCCAGUGAAGAGAGAGACCACAGCCGAUCUAGAACCCUCAAUAAGGAGAGCAAUCCUAGUCAAUCUACAGCCCCUAGAAGUCUCAGCCAGAAGGAUUCCACCAGCAGGGUGCACAGUCCCAGCCAGAAUGGAACACCUAGGAAGACAAGGAGACAGCCCCGCUCUAGAUUUCUCAGUGGAGCCCCAAUUCCAAGCCAGGAUGAUACUCGAGGCAAUACCACCAUCUCUAAGGGUGCCUCACCUGGAGAGAGGUCCUCAUCGUCUUCUUCCAAGCUGGCAUAG